UUUCGUUUUCAUGCAUCAUUAUAAAGGUUUCCUCCCUCGGUGGAAGCCUUCUGAAUGGAUGCGCCACUCGGCUGGGCUGCACUCAUGUCUCCUGCCUACACACACGCACACACGCACACACACACACACACUCACACACACACCGAGCGAACAAACCAACAGCUUACUGACUGACUGAAUAGUGCUGAUUCUUUUUCGUCUCCUUCUCCGUGGGGUUUUUUUUUUGAGUUUUUAUUUUUGGACUUUUUCCCUCAUCUUGUCGGAUACUACUGACUUUACGCAUUGGAUAUGUGCACACAAGAUGAUGACAACCCCUUUCCUGCCCGUAGAAGUAAAAUAAAAUAGGCUUUCGCGCACUCUAGAUUGUACCCUGUCGUUCCAUAUGAAGAAGUCAAAAAUUCGGAUACGCGUCUGUGUCCAUUUACUGCUGCUGAUCACGCUCGGGGUACAUUCAAGUAAAUUUGACGUCAACCCAGUGACAGAUGACGUCUCUAGACUCUCUAUUUUGAAACAUAAUAUUCCUAAAGACUACAAAAUUCCUGUACGUUACGUUCCAAAAGAAGAGGCUAGGAUGUGCUGGGUAAAACUCAAUGUCUUUUACUUGGAAGAGAGUUUGCAAGAUUUAGCACACAAGUUUGGCAACAUUUCAUCCAACAGAAAAGAUAUUAGCAUAUUUAUACAAAUGCUCCAAGAACUACGGCUCAACAUGGGGUCUGUGGAGCCUGUAAUGUACGACUUUGAGUGCCACUACAGGGAAGAGCGGUGGCCCACGGAGCAAUACUUUGAGUAUAUCUCAGACUUCCUUACAAGUGCGCAGCAUCCAGAAAAUUCUGAUGACUGCGAGCCUCCUCCAUGUCCCACGACGCCAUACACGCAAACAGAAGAAUAUUUAAAAGGAUCGCCGCCAUCCAGCAGUGAAAGCUCAGAAUGUGAUUUGUCAAAAGGCUGCGAAACACAUAAACAACCACGGCUUCUUCCUGAGGUGGUGGAGCGAAGUCUUCUCUCGUUACUCUUCAUUCCCUUCCUAGCCCUCAUUUUCCUACUCGUAUGGAAGCAGCUCCGAUCACAACGGAACAAACGGGAUCUUCCACAGAAUCCUGGAGAAGGUGGACUCUUCACAGGAACGGAAGGGACUCCAGCCCCACUAGAUGCUGAAAUAACAGAAAAAAACAAGCUGAAUGUGAUUGAAACAGUGUAAUGAACCCCUCCAUGUUGUUCAGCUGGUGACUCAACUGGAAAUCUUCCGAGGUGAAAGGCCCGCUUUUGACUCCUCUCCAGAUUGAUGGCGGCUCAGCUGUGACUGCCACGAGCGAAAUGUGUCUGGUUAAACCACAGCAUUCUACUGUAUGGAUAAGUUUGCCUUUGCUUUGAGACUGCGUUAACCCUGUGCUUUUAACACAACGACCGAGACGUCCAUUUGAAAGCCCAUGUAUCACUGCCACCCCCCUUUUUGUUGGACUGUAUGCAUCAUCAGAACCUGCUGCUUCAGUAACUUUGUGGAGAUUGACGACUGUCCGCAGAGAAGAGGAUGCUGGAUGAUGAUGCGAUGAAGUGCUACCUCCGCUCAUCCUCAUCUUCACCUCCUUCUCAAUGCGUCUGCUAUGUUCUCGGAUUCCAAAGAGCAUCACAAUCACCUCCACAGAUCAACUCGUCUCACUGAAGCGUGUGUAAGAUCUAUUUAUUUAUUGAUCGUGGCACUGAGCUGCUACACUUCUACACUUUUUGAGGUGGAGCACCUCACAUCGUCCUUCGUCCUACAAACUGAAAAAAGAAAACAUUCCCGAACGAGUGACAUUUCUCGUUUUCCCUUUUGGUCUGGAUGCUUGUCCUCCAGUAGAACCACUGACUCAUGUUGAACAACUUGACUUUGCACCAAUGGUACCAGACAUCUUGUAACAUGCCAAUCAUAUGUGGACACCGCAAAAUAUAACAAUUUCAUAUUCAGUGGAACCUCUAAGAUCAAACACUAAGUAUGUAGGUCAUGGGAAAUAGAAACGUUAUUAAGUGUAAAGUCAAUAUUAUGUCGUAUUUUCACAUUCUUAAAUGUCAUGCCAAUAUAGGAAGUGAAUCAGAAUCAGUAUUUACUACAAAUUUGCUAACAAAUGAGGAGGCAUGUGGUGACGCUGGAGUUUUACUGCUUCGGACAUGAGUCUGCUUACUUCAUCUAACAUCUUGUUACAUAUUUGUAAAAAGCAACAAAAAAAGCCUCACGUGAGGCAGUUUGAACUCCAAAGUUUUUUUUUUUUCCAAAUGUUUUGAUUCAAUUGCAAAUUGUUGGGAUGAUCUGCUUUAGAGGUUCCACUGUGUUUGCUGAAACAUGAGGUCGUGACAUGAUGGGGUAACACUGAGCAGGGUUGGGAUCGUUUCCUCAGUCCACCAGAAAGUCACCUAAGCUACAGCACAUAGAAAGACCACACAAGAAAACCAAAGUCUUUGCAUUGAAAGUUCAGUCAUCCUUCGCUACAUCACGUUUCGAACAUCGUUCGCUCGCAGUUUUCCAAAAAUAAAUUACUAAAUGAUCGUUGUGUAUUGGUUGACAAUAGCCUAUUAUUAAUCAAAACAUAUUGAAAUACAAGUUAUAUGUAGUCGUAUGGACAUGUCUCUUCAACAUUGCAUGGAAGCCGAGAUCAGUACCUUUGGAUUGGCAGAUCGGGGUGGUGGUCCCCCUUUUUUAAGAAGGGUGACCAGAGGGUGAAACCAGAGGGUGAAGCACUGGACCAGCUCUACACCCUCGCAAAGGCUGGAGGGUGGAUGGGAGUUUGCCCAACCGGGCUACAUGUACAUUGUGGACUUGGAAAAGGCAUUCAGGCUAUGGGAGUACGGGAUUGGUGGCGCGCUACUAUGUGCCAUUCAGUCCAACCAGAGCAGGAGCUUGGUUCGCAUCCCCAGCAGUAAAUCGAGCCUGUUUCCGGUAGAUGUUGGCCUCCGCCAAGGUUGCCUUUUAUCACCGAUUCUGUCACAAUUUUCAUGGACAGAAUUUCUAGCCGCAGCCAAGGCAUCAAGGGAGUCCGCUUCAGGGGCCUUAGGAUCUCAACUCUGCUAUUUGUGGACGAUGUGGUCCUGAUGGCAUCUUUGGGCUGUGAUCUUCAGUGUUUACUGGACGGUUUCCAUCCGUCGAUAGGCAAAUCGGAGCAGCAUCUGCAGUAAUGUGGUCACUGUACUCAGAGUAGAGCCACUUCUCCUUCACAUCGAGAGGAGCCAGUUGAGGUGGCUCAGGCAUCUGUAGUCCAGAUGCCUCCCGGACACCUUCAUGGUGAGGUGUUCUGGGCAUGCCCAACCAAGAGAAGGCUCCAGGGCAGACCCAGAACACGCUGGAGGGAUCAUGUCUCCUUAUGUCUAAGUCUUGGUGUCCUCCCAUGGAGCUGUAGGACGUUGGAAGUUUGGGCUUCCUUACUGAGACUGCUGCCCCCUCAAACUGGACCCCGGAUAAGCGUAGGGGAAUGGAAUGGAAUAUAAUUCUAUGUUAGGUCACCAGGCAUCAUCAAUGUUACACCGAUGAGACAUGACAUUAGUUUACAUUACCUUCACACUGCAUGGAGUCAACCAUGGCAUGAUAGAGUAAAAAAAAGUUAUCUUCCCAUUCUGUGUGGAAGUGGAACGUUUCUGGCUUCUUACUUUGUCCUUUCCACUCCGGUUGAAACAUUUUCUAAGUUUAGAACAAAUAAAAUUGGAGGCUAACUUGUUAGCUCGGCAGCUUGCUAUAUUCUAUGUCCCUGCAGUGAUCCUUGUUGCGCAAUGUGGUGUAAACAAAGACUAAUAGGAGUGUAAGGGUUGUUAUUUCAUGUUUACAAGGCUCCAAAUAAAUAAGGAACAACAUUACAUUUACACAUUGUAUAUUCAAUAAAAACACAAAAAUAUAACACCGCCGGCAGCUAGCAUAUGUUAGUGUUGUUUAAAACAAUAGAUUGAACCAAUGAGUUAAACUGCAUGAAAAAUGCGUUUAUAUUGUCUUUCGACCACAAUAAGAUGAUUGUCACUAAAUAGCUAUCAUUAGCUGACAUGUUAAUGUUUUAUGUUGGGCGUAGCUAGGAAGAGGGCCGGAUAUAAUGCUUAAAUGCGAGUGCCGUCUGGGUAGGGUGACCAUAUUUAAAUGAAAAACAAGGACAGUAAGCCCAGCAGUGAUAUACUCAAAUGAUACUCAAAGUUUACCCAAAGAUGCCUUAAAAUGUUCUAUUAUGCUUAAAAUAAUGUUUCCAAUGGUGUGCAAAUAACCUAAAAAUCUCUGGAAUAAACUAAUGAUAGAAGUAAUAAGAGAUCAGCUUGUAAGAAAAUAGUAUUACUUAAUAGUAGUUUCACUGGACAAGUAACUAAAACAUGACAUUUUCAUCACUUUCUAAAAGAAAUAAAACAAAAGCCAGGAUAGGGCAUGUCCUGGGAAAAAAGGACUUUUGGUCACCCUACCUAAUCAAGCACAGCACCUUUAACUUUGCCCAACAAGACCAACAAAGUGUUGACAAAAGUGUGACUAAGCCAUUUUAAUAUGAAAAAUGCACAGGAAAUGCAACUUUCAAAUAAUCAUCCAAAAAGCCACAUGUACGCAAUGAAGUUGCACAACUGAGCAUCUUUUAAGCAUCUGAAGACCAAAAGGGUCUGAUUCACAUCAAAGUCAAUCUCCAGCUCAACAACAAAGCCAGCUAACGUCAGUUAGCAUCUCUUCAGAAGAUGCUAACACAAUAAACGGCCACCCUUGGAGGCACGUCGUCUCUAGGGAACAGCAGUCAUGUCGGCUUUGUUCUGUGCCUGCAAACCACAUUCAUUGGAGGACCUAAUACGCUGCAACACUUAGACGGCUCUAUCCACACUUUAGACUGGUGUCAAAAUCUGACAUUACCAUGUUUAUUAGGUUUGUCAGGUGAAGAUUUCAUUAAUUAUUUUUUUUUACGUUUUUUUAAUGCACAGCUCUUUUUUUAAUUGGCCUGUGGCACAUUCUAAAAAUCUAGUUUUAAACUUAAAAAAAUGCACAGCAAAAUCAGCAGUAAUUUUACAAGAAUAAAGUAAUAACAAAAUAAUAUUUACAAAAAAAAUUUAAUCUAACAAGAAAAAGUUUAUUUGUAAUUUGACAAGAAUAACAUCUGAAUAUUAUGAAGAAAAAUAAUGUUGUUUUUGUAGCAUAAAUUUUAAAUAUUAAAGAAAAAAGGAUGUUAUUAUUUAAACGUCCUAAUGGUAUGAGAAACAAACAAAACCAAAUAAAGUUUUUGGAAAAAUAGGUUGUGGAAAAGUUGUAAGAUUAUGGAAAUAGUCUAAAAUAUAAUAAUAAUAUAAUUAAUUAAGAAUUGUACUAUAGUAGUGACCAAAGUCAUAUUAUUCUGAAAAGAAAAUGUAUGAAGAUUAUUUAAGGCUUGAAUAUUUGGACAAUUUAGACGUACUAUGCAAUACUUUCACAAAGACAGUUCUCCGUUAAUGACAAGCAAACAAGCUGCCGAACUCAUGAAAAAGCAGGUCAAUUUUAGUUUUGUGCCUUGUUGGAUUGGACACAGUGGAACGUUCCAUUCUGAUUCGAAAAUUUCACAUUUGUUUAAGGAACUCAGAAGUUGAAUCACAAAAAUCUGAACUUGGGACUUGGAAUGGGAACCAAAUGGAGUGAAAAUGUAGAACAUUUCAUUUUUUUUAUUUUUCAAUAUCAUGGGACGGUCUCUGAGUGUUCUUAACUCCUGUUUCCAAGCCAGUGACGUAUGAGCAGAAUGAAACAGCCAUAGUGGAUGCUGCUGGGGUUUUUUUUGUAGACCGCAUACUAGUUGAAACCGUAUCAACAGCGCCUCUGCUGAUUUACAGCGAGUAGUGUAAGACACAAAUAAUCAUCAAUCAAGUCGGACACAAUCGAUAAUGAUGUCUAUACCUCAUUCUUUUUGUACAUUUGGAACAUUCAUCAAGCAUCAGCAAGUUGACCUCAUUGGUUCAGCAAAAAGAGUGUGUCACCUGUUCCAUAAUUUCUAUGUCAUUGAUUCCAAAAUGUCCCAAUAUAACAUAUUAGUACUGGCAAAUUCCUCUUCAGCGUUGUCCGGUUUUUCCACAGAAACGCAGGCCUAUCGUACCCCAAAGUUGAUUAUGAUGAGCUGCAAAAGCUGUGAAUGAAUGAAUGAAUGAACACACGGCUGAGUGAGAGAACCACCACCCCGAAAAAUAAUGUUCCUCCUUUGCUGGCAGUUGUCCAGCCACACGACUUUAGGGCAGGGACGAUGCUGCCCGCUUCACUGUGGGACACUCAAAUGGCUCUGGACUGGAAGUAUGUCUGGUGGCCCGAAAGGCAGAUAUUGAUAUUAUUAAUAUUAUUAUGAAUGCCCAGUUGGUACUCUGGGUGAGAACUCUACUGUAUUCUGUAUUUUUGUAUAAAUGUAAACAAACAUACAUACCAUAUGAAUAAAGUACAUUUA